UGACGUCACGCGCGACCGAGGCGCGGCGAGGGAGCUGCGCCGCUCUGGGCCAGCGGCCAUGCCCAAGCGGGGCUGCCCGUUCGCGGACGCGGCCCCGCUGCAGCUCAAGGUGCGUGUGGGUCCGCGGGAGCUGAGUCGCGGUGUGUGCGCCGAGCGCCUCUCGCGGGAGAUCUUCGAGAAAACCACACAGCUCCUCUUCCGCGGGGCCCAGACCUACAUGGACCACACAUGGGAGGAGGUCUGUGCCAUCGUCGACACGCCGGAGUCCCCAAAGCCUGGCCCCAUGGAAGCCCCUCGCGCUGCACGUGGGCAGAUGCUGAUCGGACCCGACGGCCGGCUGACCAGGAGCCGAGCCCCGGCCUCUGAAGCCGACCUGGCCGGGGCAGCCUGCUCGUCGUGCGUGCGAGCUGCAGACGGGAGGGCGGCAUGUGGCCAGUGUGAGCGCGCCCUGUGCGGGCGCUGUGUGCGCUCCUGUUGUGGCUGUGGCGCCGUGGCCUGCGCCCUGUGCGCCCUCGUGGACGGCAGUGACGUUCAUGAGGAAGUGCUCUGUGCCAGCUGUGCCAUGUUCGAGGCCUGAGGGCGGGAGUGGACGCCAGCCCUGCCCGGACGACCUGGUGGUGUCCACGCUGAGGAACUGUGGGGUGGGCGGGG